GUUGCCAAAGCAGCCAAUCGCGGGCAAAAGUCCUCGGAGGUGAAAACACCACCUGCCCGGGCAACGGCGGCACUGGCAAAUAACCCCACCACUGCCAAGGCUCACCCGCCUCCCGCGAAUACUCCAGCCACAGCACCACCGGCUUCAACGACCCCGGCUCCCAAGGCCGUGCCAAAAGAUCCCCCAGUGGCAAAUCCAACCACUCCAGCUUCGUCCAAGGCACCUCCACCACAGAUUGUUCUCGACGACCCGGUGCCCGCGGACCCGGCCCCUCCCCAGCCCACCCCCGAGCCAGCCACCCAGCCCGGGGCCCCAGAGAGGGCACCCGCUCUGGCCUCAGAAGCACCCCCUUUCAGAGUGGGGCACACUAUCAAUGAUUCCGAAGGAAGAUCUGCGAACUGUGUGGAAAUGGCUUUUGCCAGGCGACAUUUUCAGAUCGCACCGCUUCCUUCCACUUCAGGCAUCGGUGCAGAGACUGCAAGCGAGCGGAACGGCGCUCGGCCCAACAGACCCCCGCUUACAGCACCGAAACCUGGGAACAUGGAGGCUGGCAAGAACAGCCCGCUUGGAAUUGGGAAGAACAGUGGGGUGGCUCCUGGAAUGAGGGCUGGAAUCAGGGCCAAUGGCGCCAAUGAGUCCCGCUUGCGGGAUCGGAAUCGCCCCGCUUUUGGGCGACAAAGCUCGUCGCUUGUCUCCCCGCUGGGGCUUGGCACUAG